AUGAGUAGUCAAGAAGAGCCCAGACCACCCUUCCCGCCCUUCACCGAAGAAACGGCGCAGGUCAAGGUGAAGGCGGCGCAAGACGCCUGGAACACCAAAAACCCCGCUAAGGUGAAGAUGGCAUACACUGUCGACUCCAUCUGGCGGAACAGGGACACGUUCCUCCAAGGCCGUGACCAGAUCGAGCAGUGGCUGGCCAAGAAGUGGGAGAAGGAGGACGGCUAUCGACUCCGCAAGGAGCUGUUCGCCUUCACCGACAACAAGAUUGCCGUCCAGUUCUGGUACGAGUGGCACGACGAGUCGGGCCAGUGGUGGCGGACAUAUGGCCUCGAGGACUGGACCUUUGCCGAGAACGGCUUGAUGCGUAAGAGGCAGAUGAGCGGAAACGAUGUCAAGAUCGACGAGACGCAGAGGUGGUUCCGCGAUGGUGUGGACGUCAACACCGUUGCCAUCACCGAGCAGCACUGGUAG